AUGGAGAAACCAGAAGGAUAUCCACAAGUAGACGAUAUUGCAACAAGUACGGAGCCAUCAAGCUCAAGAACUUCAUUCUUCGGCACCAAGAAUGAUAUGUCACAACUUGAGAGCGGCCUACUCCGGAGAAGUGUUAGUGACAUAGGUGAAACUUACUACAGAUUCCAGUCAAAAAUUGGCAAGUCAGUUGAUCCAAGGUUGCUAGCGCUGGUGGAAUUCUUUAGAGAACUUUAUUUUCGAAGAUUUGAACUGUUCAAGAAAAUAUUUCCCGGGGUUCAGGACAAGUUAAUUAUUGAGGUGCCAAAGAAAUUGGGUAUGGUAUUAGCUCAAAUGAAGUCGGAUCAAACCAAAGCAGUUUGGACAAUGCAACGGAGUCUAAGUAUUGGUUCACCGCGUGAUUUCAAAGGAAGAGAAUCCAAAAUGAGGCUUGAGAGAUUCAAGGUAAGGACCAUUGAUGUAGAUGACGGCGUUGAUCAAACUGCUAAACCCAGUGGUUCGAAAUAG